GGUAAUGGGUUUCAGUUCUCUUUUGAGAGGUCUUCAUUCAAGGGACUAGGAGAGUAUGAGGGUUUUGCGGUUGUCUACUGCGGCUCGUCGUCUCUGUUAUCGCGUUUCACGGAUCUUCCCGACUGGAAAGUAGAAGAGUCUUAACAUCUUGCUUACUACAAUGUCUGGAGAGGAUGGUGGUCCAGUUGCAGUCCAAGAGACCCAUGCCGCAGCUCCUCUUGGGGAGCCAAUGGACCUUAUGACCGCAGUGCGUUUAGUUCUGAAGAAGUCCAAGGCCUAUGGGGGUCUUAUGUGUGGGGUCCAUCAAAGUUGUAAGGCAAUCACAAAGAAUAAAGCACAACUCUGCAUCUUGGCAGACGACUGUGAUCGACCUGACUAUGUCAAGUUGGUUAAAGCACUCUGUGCUGAUAACAGUGUGAAAUUGAUUUCGGUCCCCAGUGCUAAAACUCUUGGCGAGUGGUGUGGCUUAUGCAAGAUUGACUCUGAGGGAACAGCAAGGAAGGUGGUUGGUGCAUCGUGUGUUGUUGUGGUGGAUUACGGUGUGGAGCACGAGGGCCUUGAUAUAAUUAAGAAUCUGGAGAAGACGCAUUAGAUAAUAUAUUUCACAGUCCGGUGUCGUUUUUGCCUAUGCUCUAUGAUGUUCUCUCCAUCUCCACGGGGUUGUUGAUAGCUGCAAAAGCUGCAACUUUAUGAGCCACAAAGUUUUACCGAGUAUUUAUUUUGAUUUUAAUGAAAGAAAUGAGUGUUCUUGGGGUUUAUAGGAGCACAUGAAUCUUAUGUUUGGGUGCCCAACUUGGGUUGUUAGAGUUGUUAGACUUAUUGUGUUAUGUUUUCUUGUCAAAAUUGUGGAUUGUUAUUUAUCCGAGAGAUUAAGGCAGCGUUCCGUUCAUUUGAAGCAUGUUUUA